UAUAAAUUACGAACCAUUGGAUAAAUAUCGACUAUAUUUGUAUGGAGAGCAUGAAAACUAAAAUGAAUUGUAAGAAUAACUGGCCUGAGGAUUCAGCCGUGUAUCAGCAGUAUGAAAAGACACGAAAACUCGAGUUCCAAUACAAGAAAGAUCAUAAAUCUGGAAGGCCAUUCGAAAUGCGACCGAAAACCUCCAACGUCUUAUUACGUCAAGAUUCAUAUGCUCAGCACAAAUUAACUAGAGCGAAAUCUGCAGGGGAAACUGGGAAAGUAAGGCGAAGAUUUGUUUUCAAAAGUCGUCCUGAUAGCGAUUCAAGGAACAAUGAAUACGUUUUAAUCAGGAAGAAUUCCUCUGGAAAUCACAAAGAGAAAGACUCUGAGUUUUCUAGUGACGAUGAUGAUACUCGUUUAAAUAAGAUGGGAUUAAACAUCGAAGCAGAGCUAUCUUUCGUGUUAAAUCUCGGCGAUGACGUACAAAAAGAACAUGGCCUUCAACAAAUAAGAGUUCCUACGCCGUGGAAGCGCGUUGAAGUAUCACCUCUACCUCGCUCAAACAGUAUUGAUCGUAAUUGUGACGUCACUUCAGAAUGCAUGACGUUCACAGAGUCAGUGCGGUUAAGCGAGGUUAAGACACCUUCGUGUUGUCAGGGGCCGAACAAUGGAGCCCUCGUAAAUAAUAAAGACAAUGUCGAAAAUUGGUAUUAUGAUGAUGUGGGAAUUGUGCGAGAAAAAACAAUGUUGAUCGGGACAAUAAGAUCCCCAGUCCUAUCGAAGCGAAUAAAGAAACUUGAGACGACUGAAGGCGUUGGGAAUAAAACAGAACAAGAUACUGUAAGCAGCUGUAAUUACGACAACUUAUCAAGAGAACAAUUUGCACUACAAAAGAUUAAUGAAGAUAAUUAUUCAGAAAGAUGUUCAUCAGAUGAGACUGAUGAUUUAUUAGCGGUAUCUGAUCGUAAAUUAUCAUAUCAAGAUUUUUCAUCUGAAUAUCCUUCAUCUUCCUUUUCAACAGAUAGUUUGAACUCAGGAGAGGAAAGUGCUGGUUAUACAGAAAUAUUCGUUUUAUCGGACAACUUGGAACCCAUAUUUCCAUGCAUUACAAAAGAUCCUGUUCAACUUACCGAAAAUUUGGUUGAAAACGUAACAGCCGAACCCAUGCCGGAACUAAUGACAGAGGUGGAACAUAAUACGCGCCAUGAACCAGUGUUGUCGGUUCCAUCGCAAUGCAUUGGGAACUCGACUGAAACCAUUAAAGAAAAUGGAUCUAUAGAAACUAAUUUCGAUACAAUUCCAAAGGAAAAUAGAAACUGUGUCGAUGUCGUUAUUUCCGACCGUGUAAAUCCUAGCUAUUAUCCGCCGGAUUGCGCUAUUCUGUCCGGCCGGGAAGAAAACGCCAUGUCAAGAACUCCCGAUUCUUCAGCGAUGCUGCAAAUUCCUCCACCAUCUGCUCUUAAGAAACGUAGUUUGAGUAGAAGUGGAAGUGGGAAAAAGCAUAAAGUGCAAUUUGACAUGGACAUCGAGGUUCAUUUUGUACCGCGAGACCAAUACGAUCCCACGACGACUUCUGUGAUCUCAGAGUUCAGUGAUUAUAGUGGAUUUGAAGGCAGUGAAAAAGAUGAAGACCUAUUCAGCGAAUACUCAAACGAAGUCGACGAUGACUUCAUCACCUCACAAGAUUCAAGCGGUGAAAUGGAAUUCACGACCAAAACUAGACAGCUCCAAGGUCCGAGUGUUCCCUUUCGCCUAAUCAGACGAGAUAUUCCUACAGGGAGCGGAAGCCGACGGGAUAGACGUGAUUCGUUUGAUCUAAAACAGGUUCAAAAAUUGAUGACACAACAAGCUAGAGGAAGAGCAUAUAUGAAUCAAAAAUUAGGGGUUACAGAUCACGAGCGCCGUUAUGUUCGACCUCCACACCACAGAAGGAUUCCUUCGCCACCGCGAACUCCACAUAGUUCAUACUAUCCAUCUCGUGAAUACCGUCGACAAUUCGACGAUCCUCGAACGCAAAUGAGGGCGAACUCAAUGUCACCUGAACAAUAUGUUGCUUUUUACACAAGGCAACAACAAUUGAAGCAAUACCUUGAUCACGAAAGAAGAAUUCGCCGUCAACAAUUGUUAAGUGGAAAUAUGAAAUACAACGAAGCACAAAUGAAACAAGAGAGAUUGAUGCAACAAAACAUUGGACGAAAUGAAGAGGAGAGUGAAUCAGAUUCGGGAACGGAAGACUACCGACAUUUCCCGAAGGUUCAGACCUUGGAUACCGAUCGCCUUCCACAACCUAAACCAUAUGUCCGAGGAGCAUCGUCCCACGGACAUAGAAUGGCUCCUGGUAGCGACGAGGUUUCCAGAAUAUCAUCUGGUUACGGAGGCAGUGUCACAGAAUCGGAACCUUCAUCAGUGACUCUCAAAAAUGAUUUGAAAAUGAAGGACGACAUCAUAUCUUCGUCAUUGCCAAUUAUGAUGUUGAAUAAGCCUGGGACUGCCAGUCAACAGCCUUUCACUCCACGACAAGUUGCAGAAGUGAUGCGAUCUUCGGGAAUAAAUAAAGGAAGCAUGAGGUUUUAUAGCAAACGAAAUGGGCUGCGUCAUCAUCGUGAAGAGGAUGCAAAGUAUGCUACGACAUCACGACAAAUACAACGCAGAGCAGAAUCAUCUCGCGAUUCCAAUACUUCUGGAGGAAGUGAGGCGUUUUCGAAAUUAUCCCUCAACGCUAGGAAAGCACUUCAACAAGCUCAUAUGGCGUAUACAUCAUCCAUAAAUGACAUGAUGCCUGCCGCGAAGCCGUUUUCUGACUCUUUGCGAGAGAGAUCAGAAGAUGUUGAUUCUCUGGAUUCAAGAUUAGCAGCAGACCUGGGACCAACUCUAUCUCAAGAACCUAAAGUUUUCUCGGAGAAAUAUCUCAAUGAAGGAUCACAACCAUUUGUCAGAUAUCUACAUAGUAAUACACGGGGUAAAAUUCCCGAAAUUUUUACUCGACAACAAAGUCAUGUUCGCGAUUCUUUAUCGAGUGGAAGGCUAAGCAGUGGACGCUUGGCUUCAUCAGUUCUUAAUUUAUCGACAUCUGACAACAGUCGACCAGGAACUACGGAAUCAGUAACAACUGUUAACAUGCUGGGUCUCAGUGCAAGAUUGCCACUAAAUUCUAGAAGGAAAUCAGCGCAUGGCCAAAGAACUCAAGAGCAAAAGCAAGAAAAAAGUGCACACAAGCAAAUGGGUGAGCCAUACAGACGACUAACAAGUGGAAAUAAAUCACCAUAUUUGAAGUCUCAGUUACCGGAUGAAUUUUUAACAAGGAACAUUCAACAUUCUCUUUCAAACAGCACAACUGACUCUUCUAGGCCUAGGUCAUUUCACAAUCAUAAUUCUGCUAAUUCUAGGCGACGUCAUCUGCGCCGUCAAGACUCUGAUCUGUAUAGAUCAGGUCCUCCACAAUUAAGGGGAAAUCAUUAUACAUACACACCACAGGCCGGGACGCAAAGUGCAACACAUUCUAAAGGAGCUGUCGUCCCUAAAAUAUCAGUAUAAGAUAUUGGGAAAAUUUUUCCGGGUAGGUUGUUUUUGAAGAAUUCUGCCAAAGAUGACAAUUCUCAGCGAUAAAAAUCGUUCUGGAAUGAAUGUCAGGAAUCCGAAUCUAGGAUUAUCCUGAAUGUGACGUUGAUGAAUGCUUUUUAAUGUCAUGACCUCGUUCUGUUGAAAAAUAAUCCAAUGCAAAUCGAACUUUAUUAUUAAUUAUUGAUUUUUAUUUCUAGAACAUAGGCGAACACACUGAAUAAAGCAGUUUGUUUCAUUUAUAAAAGUUCUCUUCAAUGUAUUACCCUAUGGCUAUAAAAUAUGUUUUAAAAUCAAGUCGAAAUUUGAUACAGUUAAUGCAUUAUUGUAUUAUUUAAAUAUUACUUAUAUUCCCAUAAUAUUUCAGGUAAACAAACUGAAAUUUCCAA